AUGCGCGCCGUCACCUUCCUCGUCACCCUGGUGGCCCUCCUCACCGGCUUCUACCGCUACUUCGACUCGCGUCUUGACCAAUUCUACAUCUUCGAUCCCUCCCACCUCCACGAUCUGUCGCAGCGCGCCAUCGCCGCCCACGGCAACGACACGCGCGCCGUCGUCAACUACAUCGUUUCGGAGCUGGAGGAAAAGACCCCGGGCACUCACAUCAACCAUGACGAGGAAUGGGUGUUUAACAAUGCCGGUGGUGCCAUGGGCGCCAUGUACAUUAUCCACGCCAGUAUCACCGAAUACCUGAUCAUCUUCGGAACCGCCAUCGGCACCGAAGGCCACACCGGCCGCCACACCGCCGACGACUACUUCAACAUCCUCCAGGGCACCCAGCUCGCCUACGUGCCCGGCUCCUACGAACCCGAGGUUUACCCGCAGGGCAGCGUGCACCACCUCCGCCGCGGCGAGGUCAAGCAGUACAAGAUGGACGCCUCGUGCUUUGCGCUGGAAUACGCCCGCGGCUGGAUUCCCCCCAUGCUCUUCUUCGGCUACGCGGAUACCUUCUCCAGCACCCUGGACUUCCCGACCCUGUGGGCGACGUCGCGCAUCACCGGGCGUGAGAUGAUUUCCAACCUGCUCAAGGGGAAGAUGUAA